AAACCCCUGCACUACGGGACCCUCCUGGGCAGCAGAGCUUGUGUCCACAUGGCAGCAGCUGCCUGGGCCACUGGGUUUCUCAAUGCUCUGCUGCACACGGCCAAUACAUUUUCACUGCCCCUGUGCAAGGGCAAUGCCCUGGGCCAGUUCUUCUGUGAAAUCCCCCAGAUCCUCAAGCUCUCCUGCUCACACUCCUACCUCAGGGAACUUGGCCUUAUUGUGGUCAGUGUCUGCUUAGCAUUUGGCUGUUUUGUGUUCAUUGUGGUGUCCUAUGUGCAGAUCUUGAGGGCCGUGCUGAGGAUCCCCUCUGAGCAGGGACGGCACAAAGCCUUUUCCACCUGCCUCCCUCACCUGGCCGUGGUCUCCCUGUUCCUCAGCACUGUCAUGUUUGCCUACCUGAAGCCCCCCUCUAUAUCUUCUCCUUCCCUGGACCUGGUGGUGUCUGUUCUGUACUCGGUGGUGCCUCCAGCAGUGAACCCCCUCAUC